ACAUCCUGAAGGUCAGCUGUCCUUGGUAGGCCAUAAGUGUUUUUCAGAAUUUGUAUUUGAUGAAUGGGACAUGACAUUAAGCUGUCAAGGCCUAUUGUCAGAAGAUGUGACAUUUACUUAGCAAUGAUUUUUCACAUUGUGAUGGUGAUAAUAGUUCACGUUCUGUUUUCUGUAACGUUAUGCUUCUAUCAUUCCUAGAUUACCUUUUAUAGUUUGUGUGGCACGCAGUGUGUCAGUUCGCACUCUUUCAGAACGGGCUUUGCGUUUGCUAUUUAGUCUUUAACACUUUUGCAGAAUCGAAAAUUUCGGCAAAAUUCGUUCCAUUUAGCGUUUGUCAGAUUGUUGCUGGAACUCCAUCUACUUGAAAACUCCACGUUGCCAGGUAACGAAGCACGUUUAGCUACGUUUUGGACAACUGAUCAAGUAGCGAAGUGCACAAAAUCAACUGUGACGCACGCGACUUUUUAGUUACGCUAACAAGUUGCGGUAACCGUGAACGCUGUCUUUGUACAUUUGCCAAAUAUACAACGACAGCGUUCCUUCUGGUUCCAAACUGCUCAUCAUUCAGCGAAACAUUUGAUCGGAGCUUCGGCAGCGUUGCCAGAUUGGGCGGUUUUCCUGUAAAUUAAUGGGUCCACAUUGAUUUGGGUGAUUCGGGCUCCGUUUGUACCGUCUGGGCAGUUUGUAACUAAUUAACUUGAAACUAAAAUCUUUUUUCGACGAUAAUUCUAUCAAAGCUCUCUGAUAAACACAUUAUUAAUAAUAAUAACUAGUCCGCUGGGCGGGUUUUAAACUCUGAUUUGGCGUCUUUUUGUCAGUCAAAUCUGGCAACACGAGCUGCCCGGAACUACGCAACAGAACACUGUGGGCAGCUGUAGCUUUCCAGCCAACUUGUUCAGGUUUCACAACAAUGACUCUGUCGACAUUAGUCUGGGUGGGUUGCUGUGCGUUACUGAGGGGUUGUCGUCGGCUCUAGUUCACUGAGGAGCCGGGUUAGUGAGACACUUUUCAGAGCAUCUGGAGCUUAGCGUCAGCUAACAGAGCGUAGCUAACCUACAGACGCACCAUGGGCGAUGCUAGUAUUACUCCCAGGUUGGGCAACAUGAGAGCGUUGCUUGGAAUAGUUGCUGGAGCUGGAGCUUCUUACGGGUUGUACAAACUCAUCAGCGGGGGGAGCUUCAAGAGGAACAAGAAAAGUGCUGCCAGUGAAAGUCCUGGUGCCAGGAGCAGUCCGCCCAGUGAAGUCACCCUUCAACCGGGCAGCCUACUGGCCAGAGUGUCCGGACUGGACGUGGUCUGUCCCCGACCUGUGGAUGUUGCAUCAGGUGAAAUCAUCCACCAGUCACCUGGCAACCUGGAUCCACAGCACUUGAAAAUGCUUCUGUCAUGUCUGCAGACCAGCAACAAUCCACUCGACCGAUGUCGGAUACUACUUACGUUAGGGAAUUCUGCUGCCUUCACUGUGAAUCAGAAUCUUAUACGGGAAUUUGAAGGGAUUCAUAUCAUAGCUGGUUUCCUCUCUGAUCCUGCAGCAGAGGUUAGAGUGCAGACUCUGAAUGCUUUAAAUAAUCUAUGUAUGAACAUCCCAAACCAAGAACAAAUAAAGGUUUAUGUGCCACAAGUGCUGGAGCUGAUUGAGAUGUCACCAGUGAAUUCCGACCUUCAGCUGGGUGCUCUCCGGCUGUUGACAAACCUUUCAGUCACAGAUAAACACCAACACUUGCUGAAGGAAUCGGUUACACUUUUACUCUCUCUACUUGUUGUGAGCUAUGAAGCAUUACAGGUUCAGGCUUUGAAAGUCCUUGUGAAUUUGUCAUCCAAUCCACAUAUGAUGGAUGACAUUGUUCAAGCUCAGGCACCAGCUUCAGUUGUGCUGCUCUUUGAUUCACGGACAGCCCCUGCUGUGCUUCUGCGACUGCUGAUGUUUGCAGGGAACCUAAAGGCCUGGAGGCCCUCUGCACAGGUGGCUAAUGAACUGAGGCGCAAGCAGGAUUGCCUGUUCCGGGUCAUGUUGGAUGAGUCUUCCCAGCUACACAGCCGACUGGUCCAGCUGCUUUCACACCCUGAUGUUGAGAUUCAGUCGCAGGUGGCCCGCAUCUUGACAUAGACCUCCCUCUCUGCACUGUUGCUCCAAGCACAGCGUUUGCUUCCACACAUUUUGCCAAAGCCAUCACCCUUCUAGUUAAAUUCUAUAUCUGUUAACAUUCAUCUCACAAUAUACAAGGCUGCAUAGCCUCCUGUGGAUGGAUACUCAACUUGCACUCCCACUCUCUCUCUACAUCUACAGUAUUUCCUAGAUCACUAUUAUUAUUAUUAUUAUUAUUAUUAUUAUUAUUGUUACCACACAAGUCAAUUCGCUAUUCCACUUCACCAGCCACACUUCACUGAUUUUCACGUUCUUUCACUACAAUGAAUUGAUGAGCUAUGAGUGGGCAGGAUUUUGGUCAUUUGGAUCAUUUGGUAGAGAGUAAAACAUGCCACCUCGCCAAGAGUUUUCUUCUCAUUGCCGGAGACUAGUUUCCUUCAAAGAUCCACAGUGCCCUUUUCUUCUGAGAAUGUCACCUGCUUUCUCUGAAGACAUGCUCCAGGUAAAAUUUCUGAACCCAAACCCACUGCCAAACAUUUUCUAGAGAAAGUGUCAGAAUGACCUGUGCAGCACAACCUAACUGUCAACCCUCCUGUGGGUUAGAGAGACACUUUAAUGGAAAUCUGAUAAGGUUUCUUGCCACAUAGCAUGCAUUGGAGACACUAAUGAAUGGCUGCACUACAACUCCUGUCCUAAUUUAUCAACAUGUUGGCUUUAAAGAUCAUGGACUUUUUAUAUCCAGGAAUUUAGUGUGAGAGUCGGUGGAUCAUGACUUUGGAAGAGCUAAAGUGAGGUCAACAUACAGGAUGGUUGGCCUCACAUUCUGUGUCAAUGUGAGAAGUUCAGUCCAGGGAUGCACCGAUACUGAUAUCAGUCCGAUACUGACCCAAAUAGCUGGAUCAGGUAUCUGAAAUUAUUAUUUUAAUAGGAACAUUUAAUAGUAUAUUUAUUUGUUAAGUUUUGUUUUGGGAACACAUUUUAAGUUGAGCCUGAUGUCCCUUUCACAUAAAAUAAUGAUCUCUGUUUCUUCCACACAGUGAGGCAUACAGUUUAUUAAUUCAACACAAAUAUUGGAAUGGAACUCUAUUAGUCGAUGCAUCCCGAGAUCAGUGCAUCACGGAAGAACUUGGGGUUGAAACACUGCCUCCCCCCUAACUUAAGAAGACCUUGUACAAUUGGUUGGGACACCUGCCACAACUUAAGCAAACGUUGACUUCAAAGCUGUACUUAGCACAGGUGCCUGGGAUAAAACCCAAUGUUUGAUCCAGGAUGUACUGGUGGGGUUGCACUCUCAGAAACACCAGUGAAUCCCCCUGGGUGGAGCUGGAGGACAUUGCAAGGGGAAUUAAUGUCUGGACUGCUAUUAUUGGUUCAGCCAGCACAAAUGUCAUACAGAUAUGCAGAUUGAAAAUUAAUGGAGGAGGGCUUGACCUCGACAAAGCAUUCUAGUAAUAAUUACUGUAUACGAAAAUGUUUUUGCAGACAGUGAUUAUUGAAUAACAACAGACUGAAUGUUACAAGCUGUGUUAUGUUAAAUUAGGCAUUUUUCUAUAAUGAGACAGGCUGUAGGUGACGCAUCCACAUGUUGUCCAACUGGAGGACCGGAGUUGUAGACCCAUCUGCCAAUUUGUUAACCUCGAAAUUGCAUGAAAAAUGCCAUAUCUCAGAAUAUUAUUUUUAUGCUAUAGAUUUUGUGGCAUGAGCCAGACCAGGUGUAAAGAAAUACUGCACAUGUUUAAGUCUGGACACUGACUUUAUUAAACCCAAAUCCUAAAUCUCUCUCAGGCAAUAUGGUUUACCAGAGCAGAUACAGCAGGAGGCUGAUUUACUUGUGACGUAGAUUAUCAUAUUUAUUUAAUGGAGCUAGUCAGUAUUUUGCCUAUAAAAUAUGAAAUAUGUUUGGUCUGUUUUGAAUGUUUCAAUAAAUGCCCUAUAUGACAAAUUA